AAACAACUCUGCAUGUUCCUACAUUAUGUAUGUUAACAAGGUCACAUCAACAUUAAAUAUUAACAAGUUUAUAUGAAGGUGUCAGUUAAUGACACGUUAACGUUAACUAGAAUUUGUAAUAGAGGGGAGCACAGCUGUAUCCAGAGCAUUCCCGAGUUAUGUCCCGCGCGAGACAGGCGCCUGAUUAAAAAUGCAGUACUUCAAAACGAGGUGGAUUCGGCACUGGCGUCGCUGGCGCACGGUAAUGCCAGUGUUGUUGUGACGCUGGAGCUGCGAACUUGCCUCCCUUUAUAUGUUUUGAGUGACGUUCAGUGCUUUCGUUGGAAUACAUAAGCAACUAUUAUAUAAACCAUCACCAAAGUGAAAUAUAUUCAUAAAAUAUCAAAUAAGUAAACAACUAGUUUAGUAAAUGCACUGUACCACACUGCAGUGUUAAAAUAUCCUAAAAUAACUUCUAAACUCAAAUUGGAAACGUGUGACUUAAUGUGCAGAAAUUAAAUUAUUACGUCUAUCUUACUUAGCGAAGCUUAAAAUGGAAACGUUUUAGUGAACUAGCAUCCCGUCAGAUAUAUGUCACAGAGUGCUCAUAUUCUUUUAACAUCAAAAUCAAAGAGAUGAGUAUAGAAGAUACGUCUGGGAGCACAGGAAUGGUACAUGGAUGGGGUUGCACGCCUACUGAGGACCCUCCCCCCAUAACUAUCGCCAACAAUGAUCAUACAAACACAAAAUGCUGGUCAAAUACUUUUAUAAAAGGCUGGAGGAGAACUGCCCUGUAUGCUAUUAUUGUGUUACUCAUGAUGUUAGUUUUCCUGAAUAUAGCAUUGACGUUGUGGAUUAUAGGAACAAUGAGACUAAGUAUGAAAGGAAUUGGUCCAAUCAAAAUAGUAAAAGAUGGAAUACAUCUGGAAGGGCAGGCGUGGAUACUCGACAACUUAGUUGCCUCAUCGAUAACAUCACAAAUUGCUCAGCCUAUCACAAUACGAUCACAUCGAAAUUUCACUGUACUCGUAUCCGAGCCGGGACUGUCAGAACAAGCGAAACUUGUUAUAAAGCGCGACAGCGUAGAAUGCAGUGGUCGAAUGUUCGAAGUGCGUGAUGCUCAUGGAAACAGCGUGUUUCACGCAUCCAAAGAUGAGGUGCGCGUUCACGCCAACACCAUGACUGUGAACGGAGUAGGCGGACUCUCUGUGAGAAAUGCAGUACAGGCUUCUCUCGUUAAUGCACCACCCGGCUCUGACCUUAUGUUGGAAUCACUAACGCGGCGCCUAGACCUGCAAGCACCCCAGUCUAUAUUACUCGAGAGCAGAGCGGGCAACAUUGAUAUUAUUUCACAUAGUGACAUUAAACUUAACUCCGUGGUUGGUGCGAUUCGAAUUAAUUCAUCAAAUAUUAUCAUUGGGAACCUUAAAGAAGCUUCUGUAGUAGCUGACAGCUCAAAAAAUACAUGGAGUAAGAAAAUUUACCAGUUAUGUGCCUGCGCAACCGGCAAACUGUUUCUGGCGGCUUCCGAUGCAUUAUGUGAAACUCAAGACGACAAAUUAUGUCGAUGAUAAAAAAUCUACGUUCCAUUUAUACUAGUCAAUUUUAUUUAAACAUAAUAAUUAUAUUGUGAUCGUAGUUAUAGGGAACAUUGGCGAAAUUAAUCCCAUAAUUUUUAAUAUUUUUAUUUGUUUUUACAUGUUUUACAUUAUAAUGAGACUUGUGCCAAAUUCUAUAUAGAACAUUGCCUAUAUAAUAACAAAAUAAAAGAAACAAGAAUAUUAUUAUUAUCUUAUGUGCCUAUUUUAUAAUAUAAAUGUAGCAACUAUUCUUUAUAAGCUGGCGUGGAAAUUAAUAAAAACAAAACAAUUCCUAUAUUGGUAAGGACGCACUUUGCGACUGAUAAAGUUAUUCAUGUUAGAUCAACCUGCUGACUUUUAUUUCCACAUAUUAUGAAAUAUAAAUGGCAUCACGACCCUAAUUAUCUAAAUUAAAGCUAAUUUAGUAAAUAAAUAUUUUAACCAAAAAUCGUACUCAGAAUUUCGACAAAAAGUACUUGUUUUAUUGCACUAUAUAGGCCAUCAAAUUACGAACUUGAACACAUGAUGACAUAAAAUUUACAUAUUACUAAGUUUUUUUUUUAUAAAUAAAUUGCACCAGAUUUUUUUUUAUUAUUUCAGUACAUACAAAAAUUCAAGAUUUUAAAAAUUAAAGGUAAAUAUUUGAUGUUUUGUAUGUAUCUAUAUUUCACCAAAUUUCAAAAACAAUUGACAUAUUCCUGUAAAAAAAUCCUUAUCAAUUCCUUAGGACGAUAUCGGUCAGUGAGAAAAUAGACCUUUCAUAGUGUGCCAGUCUGAUUCACGAUGGUCGAUGGUAACUUGCAUAAAAUGUAUUCAAUUUUCUCGUGUACAUGUAGCUAUUUUGUUUUGUUAAGUGAAACAUCACAUUUCAAUUUACAAUUUUCAUAAUUACAAUUCAGUAUUGGUGAAAAUAAUAUGUAAUAAUGAAAUAUUAGCCAAGAAAUACUAAAAUACUAAUAAUAGAAGUAAUUUUAAUAUUCAUUAAUAAAUAUAAUUUAAUAAUAAA